CCGCCCUCCCUUGCACCCCCAGGUGUUUGACAACACCCCAGCGGCCCUGGACGGCACCGUGGCAGCUGGUGACGAGAUCACCGGUGUCAAUGGCCGGUCGAUCAAAGGCAAAACUAAGGUGGAGGUGGCAAAGAUGAUUCAGGAGGUGAAGGGAGAGGUGACUAUCCAUUACAACAAGCUGCAGGCGGACCCCAAGCAGGGCAUGUCCCUGGACAUUGUGUUGAAGAAAGUAAAGCAUCGGCUGGUAGAGAACAUGAGUUCGGGGACCGCAGACGCCCUGGGCCUGAGCCGGGCCAUCCUGUGCAAUGACGGGCUUGUGAAGAGGCUGGAGGAACUGGAGCGGACGGCCGAGCUGUACAGAGGAAUGACAGAACACACCAAGAACCUCCUCCGGGCCUUUUAUGAGCUGUCACAGACACACCGGGCCUUUGGGGACGUGUUCUCCGUCAUCGGGGUGCGGGAGCCCCAGCCAGCCGCGAGCGAGGCUUUCGUGAAGUUUGCCGACGCCCACCGCAGCAUCGAGAAGUUCGGCAUCCGGCUGCUGAAAACCAUCAAGCCGAUGCUGACAGACCUGAACACGUACCUCAACAAAGCCAUCCCAGACACUCGCCUCACCAUCAAGAAGUACCUGGAUGUGAAGUUCGAGUACCUGUCCUACUGCCUGAAGGUGAAGGAGAUGGAUGACGAGGAGUACAGCUGCAUCGCCCUGGGGGAGCCCCUGUACCGUGUGAGCACUGGCAACUACGAGUAUCGCCUGAUCCUGCGCUGUCGCCAGGAGGCCCGCGCCCGUUUCUCCCAGAUGCGCAAAGACGUGCUGGAGAAGAUUGAGUUGCUGGACCAGAAGCACGUCCAGGACAUCGUGUUCCAGCUGCAGCGCUUCGUGUCCACCAUGUCCAAGUACUACAACGACUGCUACGCGGUGCUGCGGGACGCCGACGUCUUCCCCAUCGAAGUGGACCUGGCCCACACCACGCUGGCCUACGGCCUCGGCCAGGACGAGUUCACCGACGGCGAGGACGAGGAGGAGGAAGACGACGAGGACACGGCAGCCGGGGAGCCGUCCAGGGAUGCGCGAGGGGCUGCUGGGCCCCUGGACAAGGGUGGGAGCUGGUGUGACUCCUGAGUGCUCCCCGCCGUGGGGUGCGGAUGGGGGGGGUGAGCGGGGGGACAGAGGGUGGAAGCCGGGGCGGGGCCGCUGCACCACAGGGUGGUGCAUAAAGGCCUGCUGGCUUGGGGCGCUGCCUCCCCGCUCUUCUGUCCUGGCUCAGCGAACCGGGCUCCUGCCCAGGAAAGUCCCCAGGCCUGCGGCCUGACCUGGACACUGGCCCCCCUCCUCCUUCCCCCCCCACCUCCCCAGCCAGAUGGAGAGCUUGGCGCCUGGAACUGCCUUAGGGAGGAGAGAGGGGGCGCAGAGAGGAGGGGUUGGAGGUGGCCCCAAGUCCAGGACCCGCUCCCCACGGGCACCAGCACUGGCCCCAUCUGGAGCCUGCCAGCGUGGGGGGCUGCGGGCGCACAGCCGAGGCUGGGGCCAGUGGCCGUGUACCCCCUCACCUUGCCCCAGGCCGGCCCAGCCCCUCCCACACUCACACCUCCGCGGCCUUUAUUUAUUCAUUUCCCCCAGCUCAGCCGAGUCCCCGGGGAAGGGCCGGGCGCUGGGCCUGUACCGAAUAAACACAGACCCAGACUGA